AUGGCUCAGUUUUGGAACCCUGAAUAUAGUUGUUUUACCUUUGGGAAGGUGGACUUGGUGCCUAUUAUGGAGGAGUAUACAACUUUGCUUCGUUGUCCAAUGAUUCAAGUCGACAAAACUUAUUCCAAUGCUACUAAUGCCCCAGCUUUUGUAAAGAAAUUAAUGAGUAUCACUGGGAUGAAUGAACAGUGGGUUACAGCCCGAAUUCAGCAGAAAGGUGACGGUAAAUGCACUCCUUGGGUGAGUUUGAGGGACCUGAUCAUAGCACAUCCGAAUAUAAUGAAGAAAGUUGACGUCUUCGCCUUAAGUAUUUAUGGUUUGGUAAUUUUCCCCAAAGCUUUAAGGCAUACAGAUGAAGCAGUUGCCGACUUGUUUGAUCGACUUGACAAAAGGGUCACACCGGUACCGGUAAUUCUAGCCGAGGCAUUCAAAUCUUUGAGUGCAUGUCGGAGGACAGGUGAAGGUAGAUUUAUAGGGUGCGCGCAGUUAUUGUUAGCUUGGUUCCACAGCCAUUUCUGGAAGGUGGAUAAAGUUUCCCAUCGGGUUUUCUCCGAGAAUUACUCCCCGUUAAAGGAGAUAACAGCCACGCUCAAGAGAGAUGACAUAUCAGAAGAGAAUUUGAUCGCGCUCCUUCGAAAUCUCCAGGAAGAGGACGUUGAGUGGAAAGCUCCUUGGUUGGUUCUUAACGAUAUCUUCUACCAGUGUAGGAGUUUUGAAUGGGUACCUCUGCCUGGAAUUUGGGGAGCUGUUGGAUAUGCCCUUUUGCUCGUUUUAAGGCAAUAG